AUUUGCCGCGUACAUUUGGAGUUUGUGAGGAGUUGACGGACCUUCGCUAUGGUUUAAUUCUGUUCUUGUGCUGAUACCUUUUUUUCUUCUCUUCUUCCCUCCCCCUUUUUGCCGCUCUUUCGUAGCCCAUUGACUGGGUGUUUGCUUCUUUAAUCGACCGUUUAAUUCAACUACCAUCUGGUGCCGCUGCCAUGGCCGGCUCCAUCAGCGCCCCGGCUCUGGUCGCGACUUUCGUUUUUGGUCUUGUUGUUCUAGCCGCAUCGGCGGCCAUAUUUUUCUUUGUUAAAGCCAAUAGAUCGCCUCUAUUCCGAGACGAAUUGAGGCUGGCCCUCGUGUUUUUCCUGGCGACCUCGACACUCUGGGGAAUCGUCGAAUUCGCCGCGACUCUCGUCCCUCACAAUGCUACCUCAGCUUGCCAGGUCGCCAUUUCAUUCGCUACUGUUUUCGAUCAACUCGCUCGUUUCUCGGUGGAACAGUUUUUGCUAUGGGGGGUCAACGGUGGCAUGAAGGUCUCCAAGCUGUCGCUUGUUUUGCAGGGCGGUCUUUUCCUCAGAUUCAUCAUCGGUGCCAUUUUUGUUGGAGUUCAACGACCUCAGUUCGACCCCGUUUGCGUUGCCACCAACUUGGUCCUCCCCAUCGGCAUCGUUGUCAUGGUGGUUGAUAUCGCGAUGGUUAUGAUUCUGGGGACCAAGGCUUUCCUUGCAAAGACUAGUGAUGCUAUCAGGCCGGAGCUGUCUCGGACGAAUACCUUGGUUCUCGUUGCUGUUGGACUAGGCAUAUGGACUGCCUUGAGCACACCUCUCUUCCUAGGACUCAACACUACGGGCUUGGCUGUCCGAACAAUAUUGCCUGCUAUUGGCCUGUUAAUUUUAAUCGGCAUCGUCGCCCUUACCGCGAAGAGCUUUGUGCCCCCGCCAUCAUCAAGUGGUCUGAAGAUUCAGAAAACAGUAUCCUUCGAGUCUACCGUCGAGCUGCCAACACGCAAUCUUGAAACCCGAGAGUUCCCUUCACAGACUGCAAUGGAGAGAAUCAAUGGUGCUCUGCCUCUUAUUAGCCACCCACCUUUCGGACAAGCUUCUCGAGGCAUCGGUGGGCUUCCUGUCGAGGGCGAGCUGUUCCCCCCCAUGCGAGCUCAGACUGCGCCUGUCAGCGCGUACAGCAAGAAGAAGAUGACGGAUAGGGCUUACAAAGGAGGCAAGAUUGUCAUAUCGAAACCCAUUGUGCAGAUGGAUGCGGAAACCAGCAACUUCGGCAACAUCCCGACGAUCGACCUGGCCACCGCCGCGAUGAAGGAGAAGGAGCGCCGUGAGCUGAUGCCUCAGAAUCCCUUUGUAAAUGUUGAUAUUGGACUUGGCAAAGCCCCGUCUCCCACGGAAAUUACACGCAAGUUGUCUGCAGCGAAGCGAAAGCAGGUUCCCGAAUCUGCAGCCCCGAGUAACAGCCGAAGUCUCCUUACCGUCGACGAGCCCGCGUUUGCCAUGACGUCCGCUGUGCAGCUCUCUCCUGGCCCUGAGUCGGCGCGCAGACGUUCCCCUCGCCAUCAGGCUGACCGUUCCGCGCCAUCACCGCCAAUUAUUUCACCAAAGGACGAGGCACGGACGCCCAAGUCAGCUCCUCUUCAAGGUGUGCCAGCGGCGCCACUACCGCCGCCGCCGCCCCCAGUUCCAUCAUUACAGACAAGGCUCGAGGAGGAUAGAAGCAUAACCGGAGCAGCCGUCUCUCACUUCAGUGUCAGCACCAUCGAUCCCAUGACAGCACGAAUUGCGUCAGCAAUGAUGUUUAGUCCUGAGCGUCCAAAAUCUGCAAAAGCAGCGGCCCCUCGACCUCCGCCGCCUCCUCCAGCACCUCCAGUACCUGUUGACCAGUUUUGGGUGGACCCUCGGACAGCAUCGUUGCCUCGAAGCAAUUCCGUCAAGAACAAUAUCCGACCAUCUCGACAACGUCCCCCAUCACUUCCCACGGAAGAAGAGAAGCCGGAUACGAAGACUCCCCUUCAGCGAAGGGCAACCGUAGGAUUGCCGAACAAUCCAAGAGCCAGAGCAACCAGAGUAUUCGGUGGGGAGCGAGGCACCAUGCACGAGCGACAGAUUAUGUUUAUGAAUACUGAGGAGGAUACUGUCCCCAUCUUGGCCGCCGCGAAAAUGGAAGCGGAGGAAGAGAGCGAGUCUCCAACCCGAAAAUCGAUGAUCCACCGACCAAGGCCGAUUCCACGCAAGUCUACGGCAUCAGCUUCUGAACUCCUGGGAGUCUCCAUCGAUUCUGCCCUGGAUGAUUUUACGCUCCUCCCAACGCCAAACAUGCCUUUGAUCUCUCCCGUGAGUGUGAAAAGCCUAUCGCAGAGUACCUACGGAUCAACUUCACCCGGAUCUCUCACUAAAGUCAAGACUGUUCGAAGAACGUCGUUUGUUCCUGAUAUGCCGGUUGUUCCUGUAGAGUACCAGGGCCAACAGCCGAAAGUCUCUCAGGAUCCCUUUACUGACGAGACGUCUACAAACGUGUGGGCGGUUGUGCCAAACGAAGGAUUAGCUCGAAUGCCCAGUACUGACAAGAAGACACGUGCUCUUUGCGUUUCAAAGUUCAGCGUGGAUACUGCGUUGACUGCUCCAGAACCACAAUCGCCCUACCAGAGCCGGUUGUCAAUUAACACUCAGUCAUCUUCUGAGGAAGCGAUUGGUCGCAACUCGACAGUCGUCUUUUCUUCAGAUGCCAAAGAUACUAGGGUUUCAACGGUGCUCAAUUCCUUUAGUGAGCGUCCCACGCGCCACGAGAGUGUUGACUCUGAGCUAUCUCUGAUGCUGAGGAUGGCGCCGGUGCCGCCAAAAAAUAACCUGGGAGAAAAACGGUCUGUUGCUCAAGAGAAGAGCGAAGCGGAGGAUAUCCCCUUCAUUAUUGAUAUCCCUACGCCUGAAUCGCCAAAAUCACUGGAUAGCGGUGUUCAGUUGACUGUAGACCAAUUGCCAUCAUGGCACCACCGCAUUGGUGAGGAGCCACCUUCAUUUUCAUCUCAGCUGAAGAGCAGGAGGUCGCGCAAGCUCUUGGUGCCAAAGCCCUUGGCCUUGUACAGGCCAGCCAACGUCACCGUCGUAAUCGAAGCCGAGCCAUCACCUGAAGAGCCAGCCCAAGAGGCUCUCGACAAGAUCCACGAGCAACUCAGGCAGCUUGAUCUUGAGAAUGGAGAUUCCCGCGCAACCAUCAGUGAGAAGCAGCGACAGGCUAUCUUGGCCAAUCUGGAAUCUGAAAUGGGUGCGCAAGAGAACCAAUGGCAGACGCUUAGAGUCGACUACUCCCAAGGCUCGCCUUCUACCACUGUCUCCGCGUCAGAGAUCAACUCAUUACGCAGCAGCGUUGACAUUAGCAAGUUUGAGAUCAUGCCCAUCACUAAGCUCAACGCAAGCGCGGGUGAUUUGCUCGUAGCACUCAACCAGCAUGCUGAAAACCGCCUGUCGACUUCUUCCGACCAGCUGUCCAAGGAGGAGACACUCGAAUCUGCAGACGAGAAGCUCGAUCGCCGAUCUCUGUCAGCUUCCGGUAAAAUGAAUCUACUCUCCGUGAACACCCGAACAAUGUCGCAGAUUGGUAGCCCUACUCCUCCAGAUACUGACGAGUCAGGCGCGGAGAGCGACACUGAUAGCAUGGUGGAAGGCCUCGGCACAGCUAAAGAUGGAUCUACGGCGUUGAUGCCAAGAGCCACAAGCUUUUUGGCUUUGGAUGAUGUUUUGAACAGCUCGUCCGAGGAUGUCCAAAGCAAGCCAAAUGCUCCCGUCGUCGAGUUUGAAGACGUCUCAUUGAUGACCCCCAAAGCUCAACCCGCACCUAUUGUUGCACAGCCCGAAGAGCUCAAGGUUGCCAAUGUUUCGACUGCUGAAGCUGAAACCAUCAAGUUUAGUUUAGCAGACUUGGAAGAGCCCUCACCCGUACCCGUACCUGCACCCGCACCAGCACCACGACCACGACAGGUCAUUCGACGACCUCCCCGCCAGAGCAAGCGCAUCUCUACGCUCCCAGACAUUGUAGAGAAUCCUGAGCCGCUUGUCGGUAAAUCAGGAAACCUUGGCAUCUUCCAGUUCCCUUGGGGCGAGAAGUCGGACUCGGCCAGGAUCCCUCCCCGCAUGGUCGGCAUCUCCGGCACCAUGACCAGCGGUCGUGCCCCUAUGAACUUGAUCCAAGAGAAACAGCUCCCCCCUGCCCCUCAGACUUUCCUUGAUGACGAUUUCGAUAAUGGCUUGGACGCUUACGAAAAUGAGGACUAUGACGAUGGCUUUGACGAGGCUACUCUCUGGGAGAUUGCCAGCUUGCUGGAGAGUGACCUGGACGCCUCUCGAGAUGAUCUCUUCAUGGUUGGCGAGGAUGACUGGAGGGAUCAAGCACCUGCUGAGGAUCAGCUGUCUCCUGCUUCAUCCCCAGUUCGAGAUGUUUUCGAGAGUGUAAAGGAAGAAGUAUAUGAUUUCAUCCCUGUUACGCUAGCACCAUCUGAAAGCUCUUCUGACAUUUCUUUACAAGUCUCCACUCUCUGGACAGCCGAUAUGAAGGACUCUCGGAUGGGAUUAGGCUUGCCGCAGCCUAGUGAGAGGGAAUGGCAAUCAUACUUUGCCACAGCUCCUAGACAAGCUCGUACUGUUCGUCGGGUGGUUGAUGAGCCUACUCAGCUCUCUAGUGUUUCUCUGUGGACAGCUGUCGCGACUGUCUCGAUGUACACAUCUGGAGUCUGGCGUGCCCCCGAGGCCAAGACUACUGCUAAGCCUGCCUUGAAGGCCGUCAGCCUGGUGUGGUCGCCGCCGAACCUUACAAAGAUCUCCAACCUGGGCCUGCCUCAGCCAGUUGACAGUCUCUGGACCGCAUAUAUCCCGGAAGCAACCCGCACCGCCCGCAGGACUACCCAGAUGCCACAGCCUGCAGCAAUUGUGUCAAAAUCACUGUGGUCACUCAAGAGAACCGUCAAGCCUAGUGUUUCUACUGGAGUAUGGACUCCUGCGAACAAAAUUGAGGCUGAACAGCUGACUGUCACUGCUACUGCCGCUGCUGCUUCAGUAUGGACGCCGCUCUCUCGCGCUCGUGUUGCGACUGUGGGACUUCCACAGCCGGAGCUCAGCGUAUGGAAGCUGUACAUCUCACCUGUGACGCGCGCUGCUCCUAAGGCGGCACGGAUGCUCCCUCCUGCAAUGAUCGAGACAACAUCCCUGUGGAAGCAGAGCCCGGCUGUCAAGCGCAGCGUUUCGAACGGUGUAUGGAGUCCAAUUGAGAAGAUUGAGACUGAGUUGUUGACAAUCGUCACUACUGUUUCAUUGUGGUCACCUCUUUCUCACGCUCGUGCCACCGUCGGACUGCCGCAACCAGAGCCAAGUGUCUGGAAGUCAUAUAUCCCUGUGGCCGCACGCCCUGCUCCCAAGGUGGCACGGAUGCUUCCUCCUGCAGUUAUUGAGACAAAAUCUCUGUGGAAGGUGAGCUCAGUCAAGCCCAACGUAUCACAAGGUGUAUGGAGUCCAGCUCCUGAGGAGGAGGAGGAGGAGGAGGAGGAGACCACUAGCCUUGAGGUAACUUCUAUUGCUUCCUCGCUAUGGUCGCCAAUUUCUGCUCCUCGCAGUAACCCAUGGAGCCUUCCUCAGCCGGAUGUCCAGGUUUGGAAUGCAUACAUCUCUUCUGAUAGCCGCGUAGCUCGCCGUGCUCCUCGAGCCCAGCAGCAGCAGGAUGCUAUUCAAAGCACUUCCAUGUGGUCAGUUGAGCCUUCAAGAAUUGUUGAGAUGUUCUCUAGUGCAAAUCUGUGGAGUUUGAAGAUGACGACCCUGCUCUGGGCACCGGCUGUGUCUAAGGAUGCUGGCGUCGGUCUCUCUCAACCGGAUGCAAAGGUUUGGAACACUUACAUUGCCAUGCCAAGCCGCUCAAUUCACCGGGCGAUGACUAUGUCUGGGGCCGAAAGCAUCACGAGCACAUCUCUGUGGCAACGUCUCCCAACUGCCGUUCCCUACUCAGGAGGCGUUUGGGCACCAAAGUCCCUGGUUGCAAAGCCAUCACUCCAGUCACCUGCCAAGACCUCUCUGAAGGUGGUGAAGGCCCUGUGGUCUUCAUCGCCUGCGGAGACGCGCUCCAUCGGGCUGCCACAGCCAGACGCCAAGAUCUGGGACAUGUAUCUCCUUCUCCCAGCACGAGACUAUCGCAAAGCAUACUUGCCCAGACCUGGUAUGAUCACCAGCACGUCUUUGUGGGCGCCUGUGCCAAGCGUCGAGGCACCCUCUGGCGGAGUGUGGAAAGCCAAGUCUGUACCACUGGAAGCCGAAUCGCUUCAUGCUAAGCCUGCUUUGACUGUGGUGAACGAUUUACUAUGGUCUUCAUCGCCCGCAAAGGUUGCUUCCUACGGCCUGCCUCAGCCAAAGGCUGAAUUCUGGAGCGCCUAUCUCGUUCCAGUGGGCCGUGUCCAGCGAAUUGCCUAUGUCCCUAAGACUGUUGUUACAAUUACGAGCACAUCCCUAUGGGCCCCUGCCUUGAGUACCGAAUUUCCAUCGAACGGAGUCUGGCAGCCAAAGUCCAAGCCUGUGAACGUUGUGGCAAAGAAGUCUUCUCGUGCUUCUGCCAAGGCCAAGACUGGCUCAUCACUAUGGACUCAAUUUCCCGCCACAAAGCCAUCCGUCGGCUUGCCGCAGCCAGUCUCUGAGAUCUGGAACUCGUACAUCGCGCCCUUGACCAGCGCUACUUCCACCUCCCGCAGAGUUUUCGUUUCGGAGUCUACUGUCAUCGAAAGCCAAGCUCUCUGGUCUGUUCCGUCCAAGACGGAGGCUGCUGCUGGUUACCUCUGGUGCCCGAAACAGACGCCAGCUGAGAAUAAGCGCCCACUCACACAAAAGAUUGUUCGUACUGUGACAAUUUCUAGCUCACCUGUUGUUAUUACUGCUGCUGCUGCUGCUGCUAUGCCCAGCCCUGUAGCUGAAAGCCCUGCCUCUUCCGAGGAGGUACGUACGGCCAAUGUUCGUAAAUCCGUGCCCGUCUUCAUGACGCGUGAGCAGUGGAAUUCCGCAUUCAAGAGGAUCUCCCAAGACGUGAAGAGAGAUGACUCGAGCCUGAACCAAUGGGCUCUCCCGUCAUCAUCAUCAUCAUCACCGAAGAAUGCCACCAGGCUAAACCGUUCCCAGUCAGUCAAGAGCCGACCAAUCUUCGAUCCUUCCGUCAUGGCCCUCAUCUCCGAAUACCCUUCCACCACCACCUCCACUUCUUCAUCGUCGUCAUCGCGCAAGGGCCUCGGGCGAUCUAAGAGCAUCUCGGCGCUGCCGUCCAGCCGCAGAACGCUAAGCCGCAGCGGCAACAGCAGCAGCAAAGCAUCAAUCUCUCUGGCCAGCAUCCCCGUCGUGGAGCCUCAGCCAGCCGCGUUCCUCUGGACUAAGCCCGCUUUGGCGUCCGAGAAAUCCUCUGAUAAGGCUUCCAUGUGGCAGCCCCCCCGCCGCCGCGCUGACGUGCAGCCGCCCUCAUUCAGCAUCCUCCUCCCCGGUCUGCGACGAACCGCUGGCAGGAAGACGGAUAUUACGAUCCCCACUAGUUUCAGGCCCGGACAGGGUUUGUGGAGGGGCGAGCAAAUAAGAUUGUGAGAUUAUGAGAUUUUGGG